AUGGUUGCACCGUACAAAAAAUCAUUGUGGGCAAUUCACGGAAGGGAACUGACGACAAAAACAGAAGCGCUCAGCGGUCUUGUAGGUGACAUUGAGUAUGUGGUGAAGGCUCAGAUUCUCGCAGGAGGUCGUGGAAAAGGUCGCUUUGUUAAUGGAAAGGAAGGACUGGGCGGCGUUUUCGUGACAUUGGACCGAGGUCAGGCUCUAGAGGCAGUAGGUGAGAUGGUGGGUAAACAUCUCGUCACCAAGCAGACUCCCAAGGAAGGCGUCAAGGUGGAAAAGGAACCGAUCGAUAUCGAGAAAGGUAUAACUGAUGCGCAGGCUAUGAAAAUCGCAGGAAAAGUUGGAUUCAGUGAAAGCCUUGUGAAAGAUGUUAGUCAAUUAAUUUUGAAAUAUUUUUUCUGCAAACUUCUUCAAUGGGACUUCUACUUUGCCAUUUUGGCGAACUUGGAGCUAAUUUACUGUGUUGACGCGAAGAUGAAUUUUGAUGACAGCGCAGAAUUCCGACAAAAGGAUAUUUUCGCCAUGGAAGACAAAUCGGAGCAGGACCCGAGGGAGGUGGAAGCAGACCGACAUAACCUCAACUACAUAGGCAUGGACGGAAACAUUGCCUGCUUAGUGAAUGGUGCUGGCCUGGCCAUGGCGACGAUGGAUAUCAUCAAACUGAAAGGAGGUGAUCCAGCCAAUUUCCUGGAUGUAGGAGGAACUGUUACGGAGGAUCAAGUAUUCCAUGCCGUCCGGAUAAUCACAAGUGACCCACGGGUUAAAUGCGUCUUGGUGAACAUUUUCGGAGGAAUUGUGAACUGUGCAACUAUCGCUAACGGAGUGGUGGCGGCGUGUCGAAAAAUCAACAUGCGCGUUCCACUUGUGGUUCCGACUGGAAGGUGA